CCCUACACGCCCUACUACGAGGAAGUGAUCCACGGCCGGGAAUUCCUGCCGCCGCCCGCCCGCCGGACCGACGUGCUCUUCAAGGGCGAGCCCGUGUGCGGCGCCCAUCCCGGAGCUGCCGCCGCUGCCGCCGCCGCCGCUGCCGCCGCCGCAGCCUCCUCCUUCUACAGCGCGGUGGGCAGGAACGGCAUCCUCCCUCAGGGCUUCGACCAGUUCUACGAGACGGCCCACGCCGCCGCCCCCGGGCCGGAGCAGGCGGGUCCGGAGGGCGACGCCAAGGGCGACCUCAAGCCCCCCAGCGGCGGCGGCGGCACUUGUGGCAAAGCCUCGCCCCCCCUCCCCAGCCAGGAGAAGAAGGCCGCCGGGCCGGGAAGCGCCGCCGAGUCCCCCGCCGGGGAGGCCGUGGCGGAGAAGAGCAGCGGCUCAGCCAUCCCCCAGCGAUCCCGGAAAAAGCGAUGCCCUUACACCAAGUAUCAAAUCCGGGAACUCGAGCGGGAGUUUUUCUUUAACGUGUACAUUAACAAAGAGAAAAGACUUCAGUUGUCCAGGAUGUUGAGCCUGACGGAUCGACAAGUGAAAAUCUGGUUCCAAAAUCGAAGGAUGAAAGAAAAGAAACUGAACAGAGACCGUCUGCAGUAUUUCACUGGGAACCCCUUGUUUUGAGAGGACAAACUUUGGGGGUGGGGGUGGGAUGGGGAAAGGCAGAAAACAUCUCCUCUCUCGGCUCGAUCGGCCAGAUGAAUUUGGAAAAAUCAGGAGGUUUCCAGGCCAGCCGCCCUGCGGACACAACCGGUGCCAUUUUUUCCAUGUUCAGCAACGUUGGUUCUUCCAAGCACUCCUCGUCUGCGGGAGAGGUCCAGGACUUGGCGGAGCUGAUUUCUCCUGAGGGGAAAGAGGGUAAAUCCAAAGUCAAUUUUCUUCAUUUUCGUUUUAAAUCACUCUUGAUGUUCUUCCCCUUCUCCCUUUCGGCGGGUUUAAGU